AUGGCUGACUCUCUCGACUACGUCAAAAUUUGCGAAAGCUGCCCGCCGGGCGAUGGAUGGGGCCCCUCUGUCACCACCGAAACCACCUUGAAUGGCAUCCCCUAUGCGCCGUUCUCCAAGGGCGACAAGUUGGGCCGCAUGGCCGACUGGACUGCUGAAGGCAAAGACCGGGACCGUGGCCGAUCUCAGUACAACCGAAACUACAGAGAUCAGCAAGCAUACGGUGCCAGCCAUGCAAUCACUUUCAACGCGCCACCCGCCGAGGACGAAUCAACCUUCUCCCUCGUCAGCAACACCAGAGACUCGACCAAAUCACGAUUCGGUCGCGGAGCUGUCUUCACCAGAGGAGGCCGUGGCCAGCGUGGUGGCCGGGGUGAUACCCGUGGCGGACGAGGAGGUCAAUUUCAGCGUUCUGGAGCCAGCCGACAAGGCUACGACCGAGGCGGUCGAUCUAACACUGGUGCCCGGGGCCGUCGCUUCGGCUGGAAGGACUACGACAAGCCUGCUCGCAACCGCGAUGCAAGCAUUAACAUCAAGGCUGACUGGGAGUUGCUCGAGGAGAUUGACUUCAACCGCCUUGCCAAGCUGAACCUGGACGCUGACGAGGGCGAAGACCUCGAGGACUACGGUUUCCUCUACUACUACGACCGCUCGUUCGACAAGCAGCCCGUCAAGGGUGCGGAGAAGAAGCUCACGGCCAUUGACCGAGCCGCCUACAACGUCACCACUUCCUCCGAUCCCGUCAUCCAGGAGCUCGCUGAGAAGGACGUGGCCACCAUCUUUGCCACCGACACCAUUCUGUCCAUGCUCAUGUGCUCCCCUCGCUCUGUCUACCCCUGGGACAUUGUCAUUGUGCGCCAGGGCAACAAGAUCUUCCUCGACAAGCGGGACAAUGCCACGCUGGACAUGGUCACUGUCAAUGAGAACGCCGCUGAUGCUCCCCUCGACGCUGCUGACGGCGGCAAGGAUAGCAUCAACCAGCCUCCUGCGCUCGCCGAGGAAGCCACCUAUAUCAACCACAACUUUGCCAACCAAGUUGUGAACGAGAGCGAGACCUCCAAGGUCAACAUGAGCCAGGCGAACCCCUUCUACAACUCUUCCGAGGAUACCGACCCGCCCGCCAGCAAGGCUUACAAGUACAGAAAAUUCGACUUGUCGACCAACGAAGAGGAGCCCGUGUACCUGGUUGUCCGAACUGAAGUGGACGCCGUCCAGAAGGGCGCCGCCGGCGGUGAAGACCAACUCGUCACGAUCCGUGCCCUCAACGAGUUUGACAGCAAGGCUCAGGGCAGUGGCGGUGCUCUCGACUGGAGAAGCAAGCUUGUCACCCAGCGUGGUGCCGUGGUUGCCACUGAGAUGAAGAAUAACAGCUGCAAGCUGGCUAGAUGGACUGUGCAGAGCAUUCUGUCCAAGUCUGAUAUCAUGAAGCUUGGAUUCGUCUCGCGAGUCAACCCCCGCUCCAACGACAAGCACGUCAUCCUCGGCGUCGUUGGCUGGAAACCCCGCGACUUCGCUAACCAGAUGAACCUGUCCCUCUCCAACGGUUGGGGUAUUGUCCGCACCAUUGCGGAUAUGUGUCUCAAGCGCGAGGAGGGCAAGUUCGUCCUGGUCAAGGACCCUAACAAGUCUAUUCUUCGAUUGUACGAAGUCCCCGCCGGUAGUUUCGACGAGGAGGACGACCACGAGGAUGAGCAGGAAGGUGAGGAGGAGGCUGAGGAUAACGAGUAA